GGGACUGUGGCGGGGGAGGUCAGCUGGCUGCACCUCGCCUGUUCAGGUAAACAUGAACCAAUCAGUGGUCGCACCCCCUGAUGCCAGAAGAGUUUCAGAAUAAAAGCCUGAGUUUACCUGCACCGAUGACCACCUGGAGGACGGACGAGUCCCGAGCCGAGGGACACAGGUCCAGAGACUCCAGCAGCUUCAAGCCCUGAACCAGCUCUGACCAACACACCACAUCACAGCGUCACGACAGGAAGCGCCACGGAGCGCCCGUCCUCACAUCAACAUGAAGAGGUCAAAACAAAAGGGCCAACCUCUGUCUGUGGCCGUGUUCUUCUUCAGGACUCUCUUCAGGUGGUCCAGGUACGACGAGACGCCCUUAAACAUCUGAUCCACGUCCUCCUCCGCCCAGAACGCCUGGGCCCGCUCUGAAAAACAAGCUCCCGUCAUUAGUCCCUGAAGCUGCUGUCGGACCUGAACUCCUGAGAUCCUGAGAUCCUCAUCCUCAGGCUGCUGUUCAUGUGAGAGAGAAGCUGUGGAGUCCAGACCCAGUUCUCCAGUUCUCCUCCUGAACAACAUGCACAGGAGACCAGGCCGCAGCAGAUCUAAUGUGUGUGUUGAUCAGAACCUGGACCAGUUGAAUCCGGAUCAGUUUGAGAUCUUCUCACCAACAUCUCGAGGAUCCAGCGCAGCAGCAGCUUCUCUCAUCUGCAGACACGGCAGCCUGUUAGCUCGAAGCUAGCUCACAGCUAGCUAGCAGCAACAGCAGCUAACCGCGAACUGUCACCAGAGGAAACUUCAAACCAACUAAAGACGAAGUAACUCGAGUCACUUUGAACCGGAGCUAACGUGUUCAUCCAUUCAGCCGAGGGGAAGCUAACCGCUGCUACAAGCUAACCGCUGCUACAAGCUAACCGCUGCUACAGGCUAACUGCUGCACAUCAGAAUUCCACUGGACAGGAAUUCAUCAUCAUAUUAAACACAACGUCCAUUAUGUUCAAACUCUAGAUUUGAAAUCAGAAGUUAAAUCCGUCUCCUUCUGCGGGACGUGAUUUACUCUCUCGCUACUUUUGUCCUUAACGGCCACCGUCGAGCAUGCAGGAGUAAUUCUUCCCCGGUCUGGUCUUUCAGGUAAUUGUUCAAUCUAUAUGUUCUUUAAAUUGUUUAUAUGUCGUUACAUUCUUCUUAUAAAAUAACAGAUAGAAAAACAUAUUAAACGUUUUUCUGGACUUUUUAAACAUAUAUCAAAUGCUCUGAUCGAACUGUGUCUGCCUGCGAGUCCGUUCUCAGGGACAACUAACAUCUACAGUGGCUUUUUGAAUUGACUUCUGACGGCCACCGUACCGCAGGACACAACACGUCAACAUCUGAGGUUCUAAACUGUGAACAACUCAAAUUUCAAAAGAACAUUUACUGAUCUAUUUAAAAUGUUUAGCUUUCAAAUGUAAUGAAAGUAAUUUUAAAUGAAGGGUUCUCACACAUGAUUAUAACACAAUCAACAGCAACACAAUCAUUAUCACAUUUAUUAUUUAUGAAUAGACUCAUAUUUGUUAUAUAGUCGUAGUUGUCAACACGAGACGAGUUAAUGAGAUUUUAGUUAGAAUAAUAAUGUUGAAUAGCUUUAUUAAGAAGAUAUUCUGUCUUGUUUCUUUAUGUAUUUUCAUAUUAUUUGUACGUGUUUAUUUUUCCUUGUUGUCUCUCGCCACGUCCGGUCCGACUUUAUAAAGUGUGGUUGGUUUUCUCCGGUGAAGAUGUAAAUAAAGAUGAAGGGACAUUGAAAACACCGACAUCGUGUUAACCCUUUCAUGGCACGAUGAAAACACGGCUUUUAAUCUGAAGGCUCUUCACAGGCACUUCCUGUCGUUUUGUAAUCGUGAACAAGCGCCACUGAGAGAGAGAGAGAGAGAGAGAGAGAGUUACAUGACAGGCUCCUCCUCCUCCUCAGGUGACAUGUCUCAGGUGCGGCGGGCGGUGGGCGAGGCCUUCUGGGCGAUGUGUGCGGCAGACUCCGCCUCCAUGCCGGUCCACUGGUACUAUGACGUGGACGACAUCCGGAGGGACUUUGGCGGAUGGAUCUCCGGGUUCUCGUCCCCGGGAGAGAGACACCCGUCCAGCAUCCUGAGUCUGUCCAACUCCGCCGGCAGCGGGCGCAGCGCCUGGUCGUCGGGGGGGAAGCGGCCGGACGUGGUCGGCAGCGUGAUUCUUCACGACAAACUGAAGCUGUGGAAGUCGUCCAGCGGCUCCGUCCACUACCACCAAGGUCUGCAGGCGGGCGAUAACACCCUGAACGUCCUCUGCUCCCUUCGGGUGGCGCGCUCGCUCGCUGGUGGAGGGUUCACCGACGUCUCUCAGCCGGAGGCUCGAGCCGCCGUGCUCUCAGACUACGUUCAGUUCCUGACGACGCCCGGCAGCCACAACGACACCUACGCCGAGAGUUCCCACCGCUCGUUCUUCGCCGACUGGCAGGAGAGCAGACCGACUUCACCCCGUCAGGUUCUGACAUUUGCAGAAAAACGCUCCAAGUUGAAGUUGAGUUCCUCGUCCCCGGACGGCCAGCUGGACGCAAUCGGCUGCUUUCCCAUGAGCCUCCCCUUCAUCCUGCUGUCGGCCUCGGCCAAUGAGGAGAAGGCUGUCGCCGCAGCAGUGGAGUUUGUGAAGCUCACCCACCCUCACCCCAAAGUGUCCGAGUGGGUGUCCAUCUACAGCCGGGCGCUGCACGCGGUGCUAGGGGGCGCCAGCGUGCGCCAGCAGGCCGAACACGCUCUGAGGAGAUUGAACGUCUGGGACGUCUGCCAGAGCUACAGCCGCAAGGCCGCCAGGUUUCUUGUGUCGUCGGAGGAACGACUGAAGGUGCAUCAGAGCGCCGUCAACUACCUCGGCCUCGCAUGCUACACCAAAGGUGCUCUGUCCAGCAUGUUCUACCUGGCUCACGAGUUUCACGACGACCUCAGAGGAGGAAUCCUGACGAACACCAACUGCGGAGGCGAGAACUGCAACCGAGGUGCGGCUCUGGGCGCGCUGCUGGGGGCGGGGGGGGCGUACCUCGGAGCCAGCGUCCCUCAGCAGUGGAAGGAUGAACUGAGAGACGCCCAGGACUUCAUCCCUGACAUCCUGAAGACGCAGUGAGAGCAGGCGUCGCCCCCUGAAGGAGUGGAGGACAAUCUGUCUUCCUGUUCACAAUGUUUUAAUAAUGAAUCGUGAUCCUAACUGUAAAAAGUAUUGAAAGUUUCCACUUUGAAUAAAUCCAUUGGUUUGUUUUGAUUUUUGGGAAAAAUAAACCUGGUUGAGAAUUGGAGCCGUCGAGAUUAAACUUCAGUGUCAAAAUG